AUGCGUGAUAUCCUGGGUCCAAUAAGUACACCAAAACAAACUGGGCAGGGCACGUACGAAGGAGAAUCAACAAGAAAUAGACAAGCACAACCCACCGGAUCCCACGAAGACACACUAGAGAUCGAGGACUACAGAAAACCCGCUGGAGAGAUGACUUCGACAAGUUCCAAAAGCACUGACCACUUACUGAAGCUCCUCUCCACCGCGUCCUCCCCGCCGCGUCAUCCCACAGGAGAGCUGAUACACAGGAAGGAGAGGAACGAGUGGCUGGUGGAUUCCAUCUGGUUCCAAGUGUACAAGUGGAUCCUGGAACUCUUUCUCAAGCUCCUGCCGGCGUUGGUCCUCGUGUACCUGAACGUGAGAAUUAUCCGCACUUACAAAGCCGUGUGCGAGAAGAGAAGGAAGAUGACGAAGAAGGUGAGCGGUGAGCAGCGACGACAGUACGCUGAGGAAUCGCGCCUCAUGUACCUCCUUGGCGGGACCUCCACCCUCUUCUUCGUGUGCAUGACGCCCAUGAUCGUCCUUUCCGUCACCAUACACCGCCCGUGGAAGAACUCGCUCGCUUUCGAGAUUUUCCGCGCGAUCGCCAACGUGCUGGAGGUGACCAACUUCGCCGUCACCUUCUACAUCUACUGCACCUUCUCGAAGGAUUUUCGGGAGACGUUCCUCCGGACGCUGCGGUCGGCGAAGGAGAACUCCAUGGGGGCGUCCUUCCUGGGAUCCGUGUCCGGCUUGAAAGAGGCCAUCAGGCCCCCAUAGGGACGCGCCCACGCUAGGACCACGCAGACGCCCGUGCCUGUGGCUGUAUGACACCACAGCACGCAGCAGGGGCGGGACGGCGAGUCACUGAAGACCAGAGGCUACGAGAGCGAGAGAGAAGCGGCGUCUAAUGAGAGGAAAUGCGUCAUUUCGACCGUCUUCUAAAAGGAGGACUGGGCCGCAGCUGUUGAAGAUGGGACUCUCCUUGUCUCGACGGCAGCCCGCCUUCCGAAGACGUCCGUUUAAGCCCUGCGUCUACAGUGAGUGUGUCCCGCGACCUGCUGUGCUGGUGUCUGCGUGAUCCUAGCGUGAUGUGAAGAUGAAAGCUGUUUUUUAUAAAAAGUAAUCUAUUGUUUUACAAAUUUGCAAUAUAAAGUGUUUAUAGUUUUUUUCUUUUUUAUCGUCGAUUGUACUGCUCGAGAUGGGAAUAUCCUCGGGUUGUUUUAUUAUUAUUCUUUGUAGGUCUUAGUGAUUUUCCAAAACUGAAAAAUACGACUGAUGAAGGAUAAUCUAUUUUUUCCUGGUGCUUACUUUUUUCGCAUAUGUGAAAACUUUUCGCUGGAGGUCAACUGCUUCCAGAAAAAACAGAUUUCUUUACUCACACGAACGAGGUCCCUUUGGAAAUAGAUAUGACACGUAAACUCUGACCUGAAGGAACUUUGGUACGUGUUAUCCCACAGCAACGUGCUUUGACAGAAGAAAAUUACUCAGUGUCGCUAAAUUAAGAAAAAGAAAGAAACAAACAGAAAAAACACGACCUCAUCAAACUGAAAUUCGACCUCCUUCUUGACUCUCUCUUCGUCGCCUGGUGCUUCCGCAACUGUGCCCAACACAGGCCUUCGUCAGUGUGCAUGUGGAUAGUCCUUCGACACUAGGUCCCUCGGCAUUAGCUGUUCCGGUGCGAGUGAGGCAAAGCGCGUCAGCUGGUGGCAGGUAUGGGAGUCAUGAGGAUGCGGUGCCAUGAGCAUGCUGUCCGAAAGUCGAGAGGUAUGCUGGAUAAACACGUUUACACAUUUCUAACGUUUUCUCUCCUGAUAGAAGUAUAUACGAGAGCCUAGAUUUGUACAUUUUUUGCCUCCGUAGCCCCUUUCUUCUCUUUCCUUCUGAUGAGGAUAUGGGGCCAGGCUUUUCUGACUGUGAUGUCAAGAUUAUACUGUCAUAAAGCUUAAAGAUUUUCUCUCAAUGAAUCAACAAGAAAGAAUACAUGGGUCUAGAUCUUUCAUCGUCUGUGAAAAAGAAUGAGUACUUGAGAUUUGAUGAAUGGAAAUUGUUCUUACGUAAACGAAUAUUCUUUUUAUAGAAAUGUCGUACUUCAAAUAGAUAAAUACUCGUGAUUUUUCAGUCAAAAAAGGGAGUACAUACUGUAUGUUUCAACUCACAUGAAUAAUUGCGUCCUGGCCUCUUGUUGAAAUGGAAUGCCUGAUAUUGAUAUCAGUUAUUCGUACAUAACCACCUUUUCCAUGUAUUGGAAUGAACAAAAAUUUAACUACUGAAGCUUCGCCACUCCAUGGCUAGUUCAUGAGACUGAAUUAACGUGAUUAAUGAUUAUGAUUAAUAGACACUGAAGAUUAUAAAGUACUCUAUAUGACAUGCAUAAGUUAAGUCAUUAUUGGAUAUCAUCCUUUGAUCACCAUGAUCGCGCAGAAAUUUAAAUAUGUAACACGAUAUAAUAACAACAAUAGGUCAGGAGAGAAAGUGAUUUUCCUAAUCAUCUUGAAAGAAAUAAUAUGAGUUCUGAAAGGGAGUAAGAGCUAGUUCAUGAUUCGAAUGAGGGCGUGGCAUCGUGACUAGGAAAUGAGUGUCCAUGAACACGAGGCAAAUGUUCUUUUUUACAUGAGUAUUCGAGGAAACUGGUUACCGCGGUAAUUGCUGAAAAUCUCAUGCAUGAUUAGACGAAUGAGUGCCACUGAGCUGACCUCAAAAAAAGUGGCCGUUGUGAAAGUGUGCCGCCGCAUCUUGGAACUUUUUCGUGGCCCGAAUCUCGUGCAAAUGGUGCAAUAGGUCACUGGGUGGCGUAUGCUGUGUUCAGCGAGAGGUGACUGUGGCCGUGCGCUUGGAGGUGUUCAGUCGUGGCCUGACUUUAAGUGGCUAUAUUGUUGUGAGAAGUUUGUGAGGCCGCGGGUC